UUAAUGGUUCCGCCUGCGGCAGACAUAUUGCUGAACUUACCGGAGCAAAUUGUUCAACAGGAGCAGAACGAGAGUGGCUUAAAGUUGUCUACAUUUCCAGCAGAUACACUGCGUCAAACGCAUAAACCACAUGGAAAACACAAUGGCAGAGCCAUCAGCCAGUCCGGCCAAGGAUAACAACUACAGGAUGAACCGCUACAAGAACAAAGCGCUGAACCCUGAGGAGAUGAGGCGCAGGAGAGAGGAGGAGGGCAUCCAGCUCAGGAAACAAAAACGCGAACAACAGCUUUGCAAACGGAGGAACGUGGACAUCCUCACUGAAGAGGAAGCCAUGUUGGAGAGCCCUCUAGUGGACUCGCAGCUCAGCUUACCAGUCACAGAAAGAGUCAUCACCAGAGAUAUGGUUGAGUUGUUUUUCUCAGAGGACCCUGAGCUUCAACUCGCCACCACGCAAAAGUUCAGGAAACUCCUCUCUAAAGAGCCAAACCCACCUAUUGAUGAAGUUAUAAACACAAGUGGAGUCGUCGUGAGGUUUGUGGAGUUCCUUAAGAUGAGCAGCAACUGUACACUACAGUUCGAAGCUGCUUGGGCUCUGACCAACAUCGCAUCAGGCACAUCCAUGCAGACCAAGACUGUGAUUGAAGCUGGAGCUGUGCCCAUCUUCAUAGAACUCCUAAAUUCAGAUUUUGAGGAUGUGCAGGAGCAGGCUGUGUGGGCUCUGGGGAAUAUCGCAGGGGACAGUGCCUUGUGCAGGGACUACGUGUUGAGCUGCAACAUCCUUCCACCGCUAUUAGUGCUUCUGACUAAAUCCACUAGACUGACCAUGACCAGGAAUGCUGUGUGGGCCCUGUCUAAUCUCUGCAGAGGAAAAAACCCUCCACCUACGUUUGAAAUGGUGUCACCUUGUCUGCCGGUACUCUCCAGACUUCUAUUUAGCAGCGACCCAGACUUGCUGGCAGACGCUUGCUGGGCGCUGUCCUACCUCUCCGAUGGCCCCAACGACAAAAUCCAGGCCGUCAUUGACUCCGGAGUCUGCAGGCGCCUCAUAGAACUGCUCAUGCACACAGACUACAGGGUGGCCUCUCCUGCCUUGAGAGCUGUGGGGAACAUUGUAACAGGAGAUGACAUCCAGACGCAGGUGGUGUUGAACUGCUCUGCCCUGCCUUGUCUGCUGCACCUACUGAGCAAUGCCAAAGAGUCAAUCCGCAAAGAAGCUUGCUGGACCAUCUCCAACAUCACGGCCGGAAAUCGAGCGCAGAUACAGACAGUCAUUGAUGCUAACAUCUUUCCAGUGCUGAUUGAAAUUCUACAAAAAGCAGAGUUCAGGACCAGGAAAGAAGCCGCAUGGGCAAUAUCCAAUGCCACCUCUGGAGGAACACCAGAACAGAUCAGGUAUCUGGUGAACCUGGGCUGCAUCAAGCCGCUGUGCGAUCUGCUCACGGUGAUGGACUCCAAGAUCGUCCAGGUGGCCCUCAACGGCCUCGAGAACAUCCUGCGGCUGGGCGAGCAGGAAGCCAAGCAGGAGAACCACGGAACAGGCAUUAAUCCCUACUGCAGCCUCAUCGAAGAAGCUUACGGUCUGGACAAAAUAGAGUUCCUUCAGAGUCACGAGAACCAGGAGAUCUACCAGAAAGCCUUCGACCUGAUCGAGCACUAUUUUGGGGUGGAGGAUGAGGACAGCAGCCUGGCCCCUCAGGUGGAUCAGGACAACCAGCAGUUCCUCUUCCCCCAGCAGGAGGCGCCCAUGGAGGGCUUCCAACUAUAAGGAUAAGGUUCAUGGUCGUCCAUUUGAUUGGGGAGGAGGGGGACACGGUGUUUUGAUGUCAUAACUCUGUUGUCUGACGCAGUAACCUGACUUAAAGCAAGCACACACACCUUUCUGCCACUCGCUUUGGGGGUAUCUCCAUGGGAGGCAUGAUGAUUCGGAGACAUUUUAAUUUCCAUUCCUGUUUUUGAGACACCCACCUCCUUGAUGUCAGCCUGACAUCCUGACAGUGCAAUUAAACAAAGUUUUCAAAGUUUAUUUUCCCUUUUACGUUCUCUCCUCAAAUACAUAUUUUAUUUUUUUUCUUUUAUGGAAAGUACUUGUCAGCGUGGCUGAGAGAAGGAAUCUAUGUAAUCCACUGCAGGAGGGGAUUCUGGUCACGAGCAAGUGUUUUUUUUUUGUUUUUUUUUUUUUUAAACUGAGAUUUUUUUUUUUGUAGAGGCAGGCAGGAGAAAAUGUCGAAAGGCUCUGAGUGAGAUAAUGUGUUUAAAUGAAAAUUAAGGUUUCCUGCAGGUGGUUUAGUUAGCGUACAAAUGUCUGUCGUGUGCUGUGUUAUUAAUAGGAUUACAUUAGAAUUGUGAGGUGAUCUAACAUGGAAAAAUCUGGGCGUGGUGGCUGCAAUAAAAGCAAAUAUAGAUUUAGAUGAGCGGAUAUUUAUAGUAAGGAGACAAUUCCGAGGUCUGCUUCCCAGUUUCACGUGGUUGCAUGGUUUCGUGGCUGUCUCUGCACAAUCCCGUGCCUCACUCGCAUAGCAGGAAGCGGUCAUUAUCGGGUAGAAGUGGUGGUGUCGUACUAUAUAGUGCUAGUGGAUGUAUAGCUUAUUAAAGGCGUUUUGCAUCACCAGUUGAGAAGGAUUUGUAUGGUUCUAAUGUAACCCUGCUGUUGCGUAGCCCCACGGCACGGGAUGGUCGCACUCCGUUCAAGGUGUAGUCCCAUCGUUUUUUUUUCCUUUUUUUUUUUUUGCAUUGAUUAUUAAUGUAUUUGUUUGCACGCGCACACACACACACACUUGCAUACAACACCUGCAAACACUGCACAUCACAACAGAUGAGUGGCUAUUAGCAAGCUAAAAAAAAAAAAAAAAAGUUUCCAUUGUCUUAAGUUACAACUUUAGAUUACUUUUUUUUUUUUUCCCUUUCCAUGACAAUUUUGCACUUUUUAUAAAGUUAAAGCCAAAUCUUUGAGUCCGAAAGUACAACAGUGUAUUAAGGCCACAUUGGGCGGGGGGGGAAUAUGAGACUUGACAAUCUUGAUUAUGAUGGGACACACUGACUAUAUGGCAGGUCUUUGAAUAAAGGAGCAUCUAUACUGUUGUAUUUAUGGACAUCUUGGAAUUUUGACAUACACGUGUAAAAACAACUUUAUUCAUGUAGAAUUGCACAACUUUUUCUCAAACUUUUUUUCUUUUGGCAUUGAUACACUAAAGUGGAGUAAGCGAUGGGAAACUUUUUGUUGUAGUGCAAUGCUUUUUUUUCCCCCCACAAUUUAUGGUGAAAUGUAACUAACAGGGUUUCUUUCCAGUGUGGCCCUAAUACUCCCCACAAAAGCACAGAAUCUCUAAAUGGAGAGUUAUUUUGGGCAGUGCCCUCUUGGAAUCUCUAUUAUUCUUACAAAUGAAUCAAGGCUUUAUUCUCGGAAAAAAACAACUUUUUUGCAAUAUUAUGACUGUUCUGACACAAACUUUUAUCGGAAUAUUGCAAGGUACAAAGGACACAUGGAAACUUCAUUUAGUGAUUGCUUGUAGCCACUGCGACUUUUGGAUGGUUUAAAUUUGCCGACGUGUGGGUCGGGCAUGCAGGCUCGUACAGAGCAGAAGUAGUGUUGGGAUCGUGUGAAGUUUUGACUGAGCGGCACUGCGAAGAAGAGUUUGCUUGACUCUGUGACUUCGUCCUCCAUCGGUGUGCCGGAGCCUCUGUGUUCUGUGGACAGACAAGGACGACUCUCCAAUACUCGUGAUUGUUUUUUCAUUUACAGUAGCACCACACAGUUUAUCACAAACUCUUCUUGAUGUUCUCCACAGAGCAUGUGUGCUCUUUAAAAACAAACUAUAGAACAGGGGUGUGACCAGGUUUCCCAUCCCUUUUUCGGAGGUGCAAGUACGAUAACAAAUUGAGCAUCAACAGCUUACUUUACCUCCUCCACAUGACAGAUGUGUAGAGCAGGAUUUAUUGAGAAUCUUCAGUUUCAUGGCAAUUACUGCACUCUGUGUGCUAAUAAUUGUCGAGGAAAAAAACGAGCAGGAAGAGAGUUAUAUUCCGCUAAGAUGCACUCCUAUUCACAAAAGUGCCAAUCUGACCAACAAAGACUGGAUAUUGUUGUCUUUGACUUCAAGAUUAUUUUUUUCUUUAUAUAUAUAUAUAUAUAUAUAUAUAUAUAUUGUAUCUUUUAUUUACUUGAAUGUGCACACACACUGUGCAAAAACAUUGCUGCUCUGUUUUCCUUACUUUUUUUGGGGGGGAAGUUAUUUUGCCAUUAUCAAAAAAGGUGGCUUUCCUUUCUGCGGGCGCCUGAUUAACAAGUGUCCUAUGUGAUCCUGAUGCAUUUAACUGCUCUCUCCCCGCUUACUAUUACAGUCUACUAAUGGGUUUCACUGUGCAUUUAGCCAAGCUGCAGGAAAUAACUUUCAUGUGGCUGUUUCUAGGUUAAUGUGUAGUGUCCAUGCAAGUGGAGGAUUUCAGGUAGUGACCUUUAAGUUUACCAAAGUUCCUUUCCCGAAAUCGAAGGCUGUGAUGUAUCCAUUCGAAGUCCCUCUCUUGUUAUUGAUCAAUCCCAGUUGACUGGCAAGGGAGUCUGUUAAUCAAACGGACGCCAACCCGCGAGACUGCAAUAAAUGUCCAAAAAUCAGGCACUCUGGAAGCAAACGUGUCUUCCUCUCAUACUUGAUAUUUUUUUCUACGCUGAGAAAAAUCUGACAUUGAGAUUUCAUGGCGAUUUACAUUCUAACAGGGGUGGGGGACCUACGGCAUGUGGGCCACAGAGCAAUUGAUCUGAUCAACUCUUAUGAAUCUCAAAAUAUGCUCAUAAUAAAUACAAAUUUAAAAAAAAACUUAUGGGUGCGUCAUAUGUCUUCAUAUGAGGACUCAAAGAAUUAAAUACAAGCCAAAAUGGUCACCCACCCCUGUGUGAAAAGGUAUUAAUUAUAUGUAUGUUGUGAUACAUUGACAGGGAUUCACAUGCAAUUCUACUCACUUCUGAGAAGUGGACAAAAAAGCCUCAUUUGGAAUAUGUGGCAGGAAAAAUAGGCAUGAAACAGGCAGCAGGAAGCCUUUUUCAGCUUUUUCCUGUGUGGGAUAUUCAAAGAUAUAUUUUUGGAUAAUUGUGUUUAGAGUUCAAAAUAAAAGAAAAAGCUGCCAAGUAAUCAGGAAAUCAUGUUCCAGAUGGAAUCACGGAAAAUCCCAAAUCUGAUGUUUUAUGUCUUCCGUCCUGGAAAGUGUUGCCAUCUGUAUCAAAAGUCCAACAGCAUGUAAUGUACUAACGCUACAAAUGUUUACAAUGUUUGUCUACAACUUUUCAUAUAUGCGACAUCACUGACCAGUCCUCAGCUUGUCUGCUCUGGUCCUUCUCAUUUCUUUUUGUGUAUUUAUUUUCUCUAUUCCUUUUUGUUUCCCUUCCAUUUGCUCCAAACACGACCCAUCUUUAUAAACUGUGACUCGACUCGACUUAACCGACGGUAUGAAUGAGUGACGAGAAACACUUUCAACUGAACAUGACACACAAACAUGAACAUGAAACAAACAAAAGACAUGGAGAAAAUGUAAAGAAAAUGUCAAGAUAUGAAAAUGUUAAAUGAAGAUACUGUGCAAAAAAAAAAAUAAUAAUAAAGACGUGAAAG